CAUAAGUCAAACUGAACACAUGACAUUGACAUGUAUUUACUCAUAGAAUAUACAAAGCAAAAUAAUAAUAAUAAAGUUAAUUUAUCAAACAAAUCGAGCGUUAGGCAUUAAAAUAGUACAUAGAAUGGAGUGCCAGUGGUUGAAAUUAUCGGCUAGCUUUAGCAAAGGAAUUGCUGUCGUUAAUCAGCUCGACACUUCAAAAUUCGAGCAGUUCCUUCGAAGAAUUGUUACUAAGUUGAAAGUUCAAGAUGCUGAGAUAUUCACUGAGGAAGAGCAACAGAAACUGCAGAAAAUAUUCAAUGUAACUGACGAACAACUCUUGCUGGCAAUUAAAACACUGCUUUAUGUAUUUAAGAGACUAUUAAAGUUUGUGUUCAUGCCUAAAAAUUUGAAGAAUGAUUUAGAGACAAUGGGAUUUUUAAAUGAUAAAGCUGAAAUAAUUUUGAAAACAUGGUCUGUCGAAACUAAAACAAUGGUUAAUGAAUUAGACACGGAAACCCAAAAGCACUUGGAGACUCUAAACUUUUCAUGGAGAGUUAAUGCAGAGUUAAGUUCAGAUUAUCACAAGAAAAGUAAAGUUCCAAAGGCUUACUUGAGUUUUAGUAGUGGUGAAAAUGAAACAGAAAUAGAAUUUACACAUCCAGAGCUAUACUCAAUGUUUCUUCAGUUUGAAUCUAUUCAAAAUGAAUUGGAUAAUUUAGUUUAAUAAAAUAGGUAAUAGGUAUGGUUAGUGCACUAGUUUGCUUCCAUUGACAAAAGUUGAAGGUAAAAUGUUUGUCGCACUUAUUACAAGUCUUAUUAAUUAAGGAUAUGUACAUAAAAAAUAUAUUAUAUUUUAAAGGACAAAAAGUAUAGUAAUUGGAUGCUUAUUAUAGUACAAUGAUCCUACCUAUCUUAAUUAGUUUUUAGUCCACUAUUUUGAUUUUUGCUUUUGUUGAUAAUAAAUUAAAUUCUGUAA